AGCUCAGUAUACCCGGCGGGAGGGGAGGGGCCAUUGACCGGGCAGGACCUGUUUGCAUAGUGGCGGAAAUACGUAGAGAGUGUGCGACGGAAGUGGCCAUGGUACCAGGUAAUAUGGCGCUGCCCAUAACGAGCAGCCUGUAAAACCGUGUGACCGUCUCACCCCCGGGAGAGCGAGCUGCCGCCAUGCCGAAAUACUACGAGGACAAAGUGGAGGACAGGCACCCGUGUGCUGGGGUCAAGGAGGAUCUCAAGGACUGCCUCCUGAAAAGUGUCUGUGUGCUGCAGGAAGGAAAGACUCCCAAGGAUUGUCUUAAAGAGGGUUACUGCAAAGCUCUGCAAGUCACAUUUUUUGAGUGCAAAAGAUCAAUUCUGGACAACAGAUCAAGGUUCAGAGGGAGGAAGGGCUACUGAAAAGUCUGCCAAAUAAAGAAAAGUUGAACGCAUUCCAUAACUAUAUUGAAGAUCCUACUGGAAACAUGCAUAUUUAUAACAUGGUGUGCUGGUGUAAUAAAGAAUCAAAUGAAAUGUGCUCGACAUAACUAAACUAAAUAAUAUAUUUUUAUACUUUGUA